UCAAUUUAUGUUCAAUAACACCUAGGUUAUCUAGUUAAUUCAUGUUUCAUAAAAUCAAUCGAUUAUGUGAGGGUGCAUGAUUGCGACAAAACCAAAAAAAAAUCAGAAGCAUUUUGGUUUUAAGUGACGUGGGAAGAAUAAAAAGACACUCUAUCAGCCACAUCAGACAAUGCUGUUAACGAGCGGUCAUUCAGCUAGCUAUAUACCAUUUUCGAUUCCAUCAUCCCACAACUCAAUCCAGUUCUACUGAAAUCAUUUCCGAUGUCUCUCUCCCACUUAGCCACCACCACAAUCUCCAAUUCCACCGUUUCUGGAAACCCUCUCCGUAGGUCGUCCAAAACAAACAAUUGCGGAUCUGUUCGCCUUUCAAACCGCACACCAUACACCUCUUGUGAGCUCAACCACAACCAAAAUCAAGAACCUACUCACAAUGGCGGCAUUGAUAGGAGAAAUGUGCUCUUAGGGUUGGGAGUAGUGCAUGGAGCCACUGCUACUAUUGCCAACAAUGCAAUUGGAGCUCCAAUGGUACCGCCUGACUUGGCAACUUGUGAUCCCAGCAAACCAUCCGCAACCGAUGAUGAAACCAAACAAAAAAUUAACUGCUGUCCACCUUAUUCCUCAGCCAACAUCGUCGAUUUCAAACCACCAUCAUCUUCAGAGCCAUUACGAGUCCGCAAAGCUGCCCACAAAUAUAAUUCUGAUGACAUUGCGAAAUUCGAAAAAGCCAUUGCUGCGAUGAAAGCAUUACCAAAGGACGAUCCGUGGAGUUUCGGUCAGCAAGCCACCAUUCACUGCACUUUCUGUAAUGGAGCUUUUAAUCAGUUGAAUUCAAACACUCUGCUUCAAAUUCAUGGAAGUUGGUUUUUCCUUCCAUGGCAUCGUUACUACCUCUACUUCUGGGAGAGAAUUCUUGGGAAACUCAUUGGUGAUGAUACUUUUGCUAUCCCUUUCUGGAACUGGGAUACUCCUAAAGGGAUGUACUUGCCGAAGAUGUACCAGAAUGUUAACUCACCUCUUUAUGAUGGAACUCGGAACAAAGAACAUUAUACGUCGAUGAUCGAUUACAAGUAUGAUAUAACAUCGGAUGCACCUAAUCCCAAAGAAAAUUCUCAACAAAUUGCUGAAACUGAAAUUCGGAACUUAGCUGAGAUUGAUAGUAUAUUCAAAGAAACGUUGCAACUACCAGCGCUUUUCAUGGGGAAAGCACAAAGGGGUGGAGAGAAGCCUGCUGAAGCACAAGGGAGGAAUGAGGCUUUGCACAACGUUUUUCAUCAAUGGGUUGGACCUCUUCAAACCCCUUACCAUAAUAUGGGAAACUUCGCCACUGCCGGUAAGGAUCCUGUGUUUUACGGUCACCAUGGUAAUAUGGGUCGUAUGUGGGAUAUCUAUAGCAAACUCCGUGGACAGAAAGUUGAGUUCAGAGAUCCUGAUUGGCUCGAAUCAGCUUUCAUCUUCUAUGAUGAGAAUCGCCAAGUUGUCAAGGUUAAGGUGAAGGAUUGUCUAACCCCGGAGAGCCUGAGAUAUAGUUACGCUCCAGAACCCCUUGCAUGGACAACAAUUCGUCGAAAGUACAAGAAACUCCAGAAUGCAGCACAGACAAGGAGCGCAGGUGACUCACUGAAACUAAAACCAGUUUCCGAGUUUGGAUCAAGCCCAACAAACUUAACAGAGCCAAUCCAAGUGCUAGUGCAAAGGCCAAAGACAUCAAGGACCAAAAAUGAGAAAGCAGAUGCAGUUGAAGUUUUAUUCGUGGAUGGAAUACAGAUUCCACACGGGUCAACAGCAAGGUUCGAUGUUUACGUGACAAAACCAAUUGCAGGACUAGCCGGUCCCCAUAACGGAGAAUUAGCUGGUAGUUUUGUGAAAGUUCCUCAUGCUCAUCAUGGAUCAUCUAAUGGUGCAGUUCAUACUCACACCUCAAGUUUGGAAUUGGGUAUCAGUACUUUACUUGAAGAAAUUGAUGCUGAAAGCUCAGAGAAAUUGGUUGUGAGUUUGAUUCCUCGAAGUGGUGAGGUUAUUGUUGGUGGAGUUCAGAUCCGUUUGGUGGAUGUUGACGAUGAUGAGUAAACUGCAACAUGCCUUGCGACAUCUCGUUAUCAGUAUUAGUCCCGAGUUGGUACUUAAUAGGGACUUGUGUUUCCCGAUUUCAAUUUCGUGUCUUUGCUAAUUUUCUUAUUUUUGAAUCAUGAUGUGGGUUUGCUGUGGUAGCUAUCUGGAUUACUGAUUUAUGAGUUCAUAAUAAAGUAAGCUAAGGUGCAUUUACAUGAUCAACUAACACUUCUGGUUCUUAACCGGAAUAGUGUUACCUUGAUACUAAAUGCAUUUUAAUCUUAAUUGUUUAAUCUCUUACGCCCAUCUAUAAUUGAAUUGAAAAUUUGUUUUUUGACUUUUA